AUGGGGGGCCAGACCUGUGGGCCAGCUCCUGGGGCGGGGCAUGAGGGGCGGGGCCAGUUCCUGGGGCGGGGCGUGAUUGAGCGUGGGGGCGGGGCCGAGUUGGAGACGAGCGGGAGGGGCAGAGGCGCCUCCACGGGUCGGCACCAGUGGGUCCGGAGGGUCCUGGCAGACGCGGCUGGGGGUCGCUUGCUGCAGUUCCUGGGGCGCUGGUUCAGCGCGGGCCUCGCCUCCAACUCGAGCUGGCUCCGGGAGAAGAAGGCGGCGCUGUCCAUGUGCAAGUCGGUGGUGGCCCCUGCCGCGGAUGGUGGCUUCAACCUGACCUCCACCUUCCUCAGGAAAAACCAGUGUGAGACCCGAACCAUGCUGCUGCAGCCCGCGGGGUCCCUCGGCUCCUACAGCUACCAGAGUCCCCACUGGGGCAGCACCUACUCUGUGUCAGUGGUGGAGACCGACUACGACCACUAUGCACUGCUGUACAGCCAGGGCAGCAAGGGCCCCGGCGAGGACUUCCGCAUGGCCACCCUCUACAGCCGAACCCAGACCCCCAGGGCUGAGUUAAAGGAGAAAUUUACCGCCUUCUGCAAGGCCCAGGGCUUCACAGAGGAUACCAUUGUCUUCCUGCCCCAAACCGAUAAGUGCAUGACGGAACAAUAGGACUCGCCAGGGCUGAAGCUGGGACCCCGGCCAGCCAGGUGACCCCUGCGAUCUGGAUGUCUCCACUCUGUUCCUUCCCCGAGCCCCUGCCCCAGCUCCCCGCCAAAGCACCCCUGCCCCCUCGGGCUUCAUCCUGGCUCUGCGGAAUAAACUCCGGAAGCAAGUCAGUA